ACAAGAAGAAGAAGAAGAAGAAGAAGAAGAAGAAGAAGAAGAAAAAGAAGAAAUCAUGGCGAUACCCCAAUUUCUUUCUACUGCUGAGUUGAUAAAACAAGGGGCAGAAGCCCGCUUGUAUCGGGUAGACUUUUUGGGAAAGCCAACAAUAAUCAAAGAACGAUUUCAUAAAUGCUACCGACAUCCAGAGCUACAGGACAAGUUGAACUAUCGCAGAACAGUUCAUGAAGUUCGCUCCAUCCUUCGCUGCCGGAGAGCAGGCAUAUCUGCUCCAGUUGUAUACUUUGUGGAUUACAAGUACCAUUGCAUCUUCUUGGAGGAAAUUAUUUGUUCCUUGACUCUGCGUGACCACAUCAACUCUAUUGAACAGUGCAACUCCUGUGCAGACCAAGGUCUGUAUAAGCUUGCUGAGAGAAUUGGCCAGAUUUUAGCCAAAAUGCACAAUGAAAACGUCAUCCAUGGUGACCUGACCACCUCCAACAUACUGCUAAGGCAUCGUCCAGAAGACACAGAACCAGAGCUUGUCUUGAUUGACUUUGGCCUGAGUUACAUUUCAGCAUUGCCUGAGGAUAAGGGGGUUGAUUUGUUUGUUCUGGAGAAGGCUUUCCUCAGUACUCACCCCAACACAGAUAUGUUGUUUAAAACGCUGCUAAAAAGCUACACUGCAACAUCUAAAAUGUCAGCAGCAGUCAUUAAAAAGCUUGAUGAGGUACGGCUGAGAGGGAGGAAGAGGUCUAUGAUGGGCUGAUCAUAAAGCAUUUAUGUCAUCUUGAGUCUCAGAUGAGUGAUUAGCUGGUUGAAAGGAUAAAGUUAGUAUUCUACUCAACUGUACAUUAAGCUACAAUAAAAUUAUUUAGUAAUUAAAAUGAAUUUCACCUAUGCAUCUUCUCAUGGGUUAUAAAUGUUAUAUGGCCAGUUUAUGUCCCAUCCAUGUAUUGUUUCAUGUAAAUGGAUAAAACCUGUAUGGUUAGAAGUCUUGACACCUCUGUUUGUACUGCAUGUUUUUGUGACAUAAAAACAAACUAUUAUCAAAUA